AUGGAGAACAAGACUUAUAUUACAGGAUUCAACUUGGUGUCAUUUUCCACAAAAUCUGGAUAUACAUUAUUAACUACCAGCGUGUUUUUCUUCUUCUAUGUGUUUGGAGUGAUCAUCAAUUCUAGUAUAAUUACAGUGAUAUAUAUUGAUAAAAAGUUACACUCCCCCAUGUACCUAUUUCUCUGUAAUCUGGCCUUAGUAGAUAUCUGUUAUACAACCACUACUGUCCCUAAACUACUGCACAUGUUAUUAUCAGGAGAUAAUGCAGUGUUCUUCAUACAAUGCUUCACCCAGAUGUACUUUUAUAUUUUAGCUGGUGGUGUAGAAGAUAUUCUAAUAUUCAUUAUGGCAUAUGACCGAUAUGUUGCUAUAUGUGAUCCUUUACACUAUCACUAUAUCCUAAACAAGAAAAACUGUCUACUUUUGGCAUCUGGCACUUGGAUAGUAGGAUUAUUAAACUCGUUUCUGUUUACAAUUCAAGCCUCACAUAUGUUCUUCUGCCAUUCACAUACUAUACACCAGUUUUUCUGUGAAGCUAAAGCUCUGAUUGACAUCUCCUGUGGUGGCAGUGAAGACAUUUAUAUUGUCGUCUAUCUUGAUUUUUUGAUAUUAGGACUUUUCCCAGCAAUGUUCAGUGUGAUAUCUUAUAUAAAAAUUAUCAGGGUCAUCUUGCAGAUAAAAUCUAAGCAUGGUAGAAAGAAAGCCUUCUCCACCUGCUCAUCCCACCUCACCGUUGUCAUUAUGUACUAUAUGACAGGUUUGUCUGUGUACAUGAUGCCACCAUCACAAUACUCCAAUGUCCUAGAACCAGUCUUUACAGUAGUGUACACAGUUGUCACACCUAUGAUAAACCCUCUGAUCUACAGUCUACGGAAUAAAGAUGUAAAAAUGACUCUGCUGAGUUUACUGGGGAAACAAUUAAGAGUUAAAAAUGUUUAG